GAAGUGCCCCGCAGAAGCCACACAAGUUGCCAGCGCGGCGCGGCCCCAGCGGCCGGACAGCGGGGAGCGCCCGCCGCCGGCUCCCGCCCGAUCCUGUCCCGUCCUCCCCGCCUGGGGACCGCUCUCUGGCGGGACUGCCGGCAGGCAGGGUGAUGCUGCUCGCCGGGAAGUGAGAGGCAGCGCGGCGGCACGUUCCCCACCUCGGGCCGAGGGUCCCCCUUCCUCGGAGCCUCUCAUGCUUUCGGGGCCCCCUCGCGUGGCGGCGGCCCCGUGGGAGACGGGGGCGGCGCUGCCGUGAUGGCCCUGGAGGAGAAGCGGGAGAAGCGCCCGCCCGUCACCCCCAUGAUGAUAGAGGAGGAGGCCGCCCUGCGGAACGGCAGCCGGGGGCUGCCGCCGGGCUCUUGGGCCGAGGCGGCGGGGCCAAGACCCCGCACCACGGAGCGGCACAUCGCUGUACACAAGCGCCUGGUGCUGGGCUUCGCCGUCUCCAUCCUGGCGCUGCUGGCGGUGACCAUGAUCGCCGUGCUGCUCAGCGUCCGCUUCGAGGGGUGCAGCGCCGCCGCCGACGGCCCGCCGCGGGCCAGCGGCAACGGGAGCCUCCCGGGGGCGGCCCGGCAGACGCCCGGCGCAGGGCAGCUCCCCGGCCGGCCGGAGCAGGAGGAGGAGGAGGAGAAGGAGGCGCGGGGCGGGGAAGUGGCGGAGGAAAAGGAGGAGGAGGAGUGGCAGCGGCGACGGGAGCUGCCGCCCUGGACCCGGCCGCGGCUGCCGCGGCACCUGCGACCGCUGCACUACAACCUGAUGCUGAACGCCUUCAUGGAGAACUUCACCUUCAGCGGAGAGGUGAACGUGCAGCUGGAGGUGCUCAACGCCAGCCGGUACAUCGUGCUGCACGCCCACCGCAUGCACAUCGAAGCGGUCCGCGUGGCCGAGGACAAGCUGGCCGGCGGCGUGCGGGUGGACCGCUCCUUCUUUUACCCCCAGACCCAGGUCUUCGUCGUCGUCCUCAACCGCAGCCUGGAGGUGCAGAGAAGUUACAACCUCAAGAUCAUCUACAACGCCCUCAUCGAGAACGAGCUGCUGGGCUUCUUCCGCAGCUCCUACGUCCUCCACGGCGAGAGAAGGUUUCUUGCUGUUACACAGUUUUCUCCUACUCAUGCCAGAAAAGCCUUUCCUUGCUUUGAUGAGCCCAUCUACAAGGCCACUUUCAAGAUCAGCAUCAGGCAUCAAGCAACUUACUUAUCUUUGUCCAACAUGCCAGUUGAAACUUCUGUUUUUGAAGAAGAUGGAUGGGUUACAGAUCACUUUUCACAGACCCCUCUCAUGUCCACGUAUUACCUAGCUUGGGCAGUGUGCAAUUUUACAUACCGGGAAACUGUCACCAAGAGUGGAGUAGUUGUACGGUUAUAUGCAAGGCCUGAUGCAAUCCGAAGAGGAUCAGGGGACUAUGCUCUAAAUAUUACAAGGAGACUCAUUGAAUUUUAUGAAGAUUAUUUUAAAGUGCCCUAUUCCCUGCCAAAAUUAGAUCUGUUAGCUGUGCCUAAGCAUCCAUAUGCUGCUAUGGAAAACUGGGGACUGAGUGUUUUUGUGGAGCAGAGGAUACUGCUAGAUCCAAGCGUUUCUUCUAUAUCAUACCUACUGGACGUCACCAUGGUCAUUGUACAUGAGCUAUGUCAUCAGUGGUUUGGUGAUCUUGUGACUCCAGUUUGGUGGGAGGAUGUGUGGCUGAAAGAAGGAUUUGCUCACUACUUUGAAUUUGUUGGAACAGACUACCUCUACCCAGGGUGGAAUAUGGAAAAGCAGAGAUUUCUGACAGAUGUCUUACAUGAAGUGAUGUUGCUGGAUGGUUUGGCCAGUUCACAUCCAGUAUCCCAGGAGGUGAAGCAAGCCACAGAUAUUGACAGGGUGUUUGACUGGAUUGCCUAUAAAAAGGGUGCAGCUCUAAUUCGAAUGUUGGCUAACUUUAUGGGUCACUCUGUGUUUCAAAUGGGCUUACAAGACUAUUUAACCAUUCACAAGUAUGGCAAUGCAGCCAGAAAUGAUCUCUGGAACACACUGUCAAAGGCUUUAAAAAGGGUUGGAAAAUCUGUAAAUAUCCAAGAAGUAAUGGAUCAGUGGACACUACAGAUGGGUUAUCCUGUUAUCGCUAUCUUGGGAAAUGAAACUACAGACAAUGUCAUUGUGAUCUCUCAAGAGCGUUUUGUUUAUGAUGGUGAUGCUAAACCCAAGGAUCCUGCACUUGGAGACAACAGCUACUUGUGGCAGAUUCCAUUAACAAUUGCAGUAGGAAAUACGAGCCACAUCUCAUCAGAGGCAAUUAUAUGGGUGUCUAACAAAUCAGAACACCACAGAAUUCCUGCUUUGGAAGAGUCAACUUGGUUGCUGGGGAACAUCAACCAGACUGGCUACUUUAGAGUUAAUUAUGAUAUUAGGAAUUGGAGGCUGCUAAUUCAUCAGCUAACAAGGAACCAUGAGGUUAUCUCUGUCAGUAAUCGAGCAGGCUUGAUCGAUGAUGCAUUCAACCUAGCCAGAGCUGGUUAUUUGCCUCAGAAUAUCCCUUUGGAGAUUAUCAGAUACUUUUCAGAAGAGAAGGAUUUUCUGCCUUGGCAUGCUGCCAGCCAAGCUCUUUAUCCUCUAGAUAAAUUACUGGACCGAGCAGAAAACUACAACAUCUUCAAUGAGUAUAUUUUAAGACAAGUUGCAUCAAUGUAUCUCAAGCUUGGAUGGCCAACAAAUAAUUUAAACAAAUCGCUUGUUCAAGCAUCAUACCAACAUGAAGAGUUGCGUCGGGAAGUCAUCAUGUUGGCCUGUAGCUUUGGUAACAAACACUGUCACCAGCAGGCUGCAACUUUAAUCUCGGAUUGGAUUUCUAGCAAUAGGAACCGAAUCCCACUCAAUGUGAGAGACAUUGUCUACUGUACAGGAGUUUCACUGAUGGAUGAAGAUGUAUGGGAGUUCAUCUGGAUGAAAUUUCAUUCUACCACAGCAGUGUCUGAGAAGAAAAUAUUAUUAGAAGCCUUAACAUGCAGUGAUGACAGGAACUUGCUCAAUAGGCUUUUGAAUUUGUCUCUCAACUCAGAAGUUGUCCUGGAUCAGGAUGCAAUUGAUGUGAUAAUCCACGUAGCUCGAAAUCCACAUGGAAGGGAUCUUGCUUGGAAGUUUUUCAGAGAAAAAUGGAAAAUAUUAAAUGCUAGGUAUGGGGAAGCAUUAUUUAUGAAUUCAAAGCUUAUCAGUGGGGUCACAGAAUUCCUCAAUACUGAAGAAGAAUUAAGAGAGCUGAAGAACUUUAUAAAGAGUUAUGAAGGAGGAGCUGCUGUCUCUUUCUCUCGUGCCGUGGAAACAGUGGAAGCCAACGUGCGGUGGAAAAGGCUUUAUAAGGAGGAACUAUUCCAGUGGCUAAGAAAAUCCUUGACACAUUAAUCUGUCUUUCCAGCCAAGCAUUUAACAUGAAGCUCUGCAAGAGGAAGAGGAAACAUUUUAGAACUGUUCAACAUUAAAAUCAUGAAGACAAGAUCAGAUUGCAGGAACAAGGUUUUUUUCCUCUGUUUUUUAACUGUGGGUUUUUUGGUUUUUUUUUACACUGGGCUUUUGUGAAAUUGUCAAGAAGCUUUUUAGAAGAGAAGAUCAUGAAUGCUUGUGAAAUCCAGUCCUCAAUGUAAAAAACCAAACGUGAUAUUAAGUGGUGCAUGUAAAUGUUGAAGAAAAACAAACAAAAACUCCUUCAAUGGCUAUUUUGUGCAUGCUUGUACCAUCCCUGCCUGUAUUCUAGCAUGCUUAUGUAAAACAGCCACAUUUUGUAUGUGAGUUCCAGUUACAUCAAAGAUGGGCAUUAUACAAAGCACAAAGACUAUCUACGACAAUCAGUGUUGCAAUGAACAAAAGGAAAACAAGGAAAAGGAAAUGUAGAAGGCUUCCAACUUGGGGCAGUAUGAGAUGUAAAGUUAACUUUCCAGCUAGCUGCCAGUUAGUCUACCACUCAGUUUGUCGCUUAAUAGUUACAAAGAUGCCAGCCAGUUGUAUCUGCAGUCUCCAUAUUUCCAUGUUUAAAUAAGGAGAAUAUAUAUAGAGAGGAGAAAGAUAAAGGGGCAUGGAGGCAGGGGGAGAAGGGAAACAAGAAGGACAACAUCCAUGCAUUACAAUUAUAUGCAUUUAUUCAGUGCUGAUCAGUGGAACAGUGUAGUUCUAGCUGUGAACGUAUGCAAUGUCGGAGGGUAACUUCACAUUGAUUUCACAGAAUCCAUGAACCACCUCUUCUCAACUAUUUUACAAGGCAGUGAUACUUACAAUGGGUCACCCAACCUGUGCAGUACUAAGUUAUGCAGGUAACUGUGCACAGGUAUUAUAGAUAAAUGGAAGAUUCAAAUGGAAAUUAGCAAAAAGGGAGAGUGUCUUGCAUGCAGAGAUAUAAAAUUACCUAAGAAGGCUGUCUUGCAUGUGGUAGACCAGCCUCUGUAUCAAUUUAUUAUGAUAGACAGGUCAGAUUCUCUAUGUGGGCAAUACUUUUGCAAAUAUGGGAUGUGCCAUUCAUGCUAAUUUAGAAAAGUGCAAUAUGGAGAAAAAAAGUGUAUGUGUGUGCAUGUCUGGGGUGUUUAUUCAUAUGGGCUAAUACCACGAACACUGUUUUCUUUCUGUUUUCUUGUGUUUUACAUAGACUGCUGUAGAUGAAUGACAUUUGUUUCCUUUUUCUCAAUCCUUAAUCUGAAAGAUCAGUGACACAGUGGAAUUGCUACUUGUACAACUAUCUGCACCAUUGGUGCUAAGUGUUGAGGAUAAAACUGAUGGGGGACAAAUCCUCUCUCAUGUCUACACUGUGGAGAAAACAACCCACAAAACUACACAGAGUUUUCAGGAGUCAGACUGCAGCAGCUUCAGAGGGUGAAUGUAGAUGUAUGACAGUGUUUCUUUAUCCUACCCCAUCCCGUGUGACCACAUCAUGGCCCUGUACAUUGGGAACACGUGGCCAGCCAGAGUAGAGAGCAGCCAUUUUAUCUGUUUCCUUCCUUCACAAGUCAUGGAAGUUACCAACAUGAUUUACUCUUGCAGUUUCUUGUUCCCAGUAAAUUGUGAAUUGAAACACUAGUGCAAAAGGAACCAAAUCCAAGCAUUUUCAGAUAUUAUCAGAGUUGUGUGGAGACAGUACUGUUUUCUGGGCUGUCAUUCCCAUGGUACCCUGCUCCUCAAGAAUUGGUAAACACAUCCCAUAACUAAGUUGUACCCAUCUUCAGUCUGUCAUUUUGUGUCUUUUACCAUGCAGAGGGUGCUGUUUGUGGAUUGGGUGCAUGAAAUCCUUGUGUGGCCAUUUGCUCCACUGUUUGGUGCUACAUAGCUCUGUAUGUUCGCUUGACCACAUGUAACCAAAAGAAGAGCGAAUCCUGUGCUCUUGUACUGUUAAUUCUUUGCCUUAUAGUAAGCCCUAAACCUUUGUGCUAUGUUGCAAUGCUAGUGAACUUAAUGGCCAGAGACAUUAUCAUGUCCAAGCUGAGUGAAAUCCUUCUCCUCCUAUGUAUUUUACCUACCUCACAGGGGUGUUGUGAGGCUUGACUAAUGUUAGCAAAGCACUUGAAUAUCCUCUGAUGAAAGGCAUUUAAAAGUGCAAAGUAUUAUUUCAUGUGGUUGACCAAACUCAACCUCAAUGCCAGUAUAUAGCGUCACAUUUUCAAUUUCUACUGGACAAUAUCACAUGCAGAUUUGAUAUAAUAAAAAAGAAAGCCAAAUAUUAUUUAAUAGAACCUUUACCCUGUAAUGAAGGCCAAAAUUAUGAUAUCCAAAGAGUGUGCAGAAAACCAAGUCCUCAAAUGUGAAUUGCUUUGAAGAUUUCAGAGAAAAGUGUGCGUAAUGGUCUGUCCCUUUGCAAUUUUAUUCAAGAUUGUCUUUGAUGACAUUUCUUUUUCAGCACCACAGAUUAAACCACAUACCUCCAGGAUGUGCAUAGAAGUUUCUGGUCUUUCCAUUGAUAAAGGGCAGGCUAAUUGUAUGUUCCAAAGUCAAAGUUUAUUUCAGCCUAUGUAUUCUGCACAGUGCACAGAAGAUUCCACUGUUGUUCAUUUGAAUUGAAGUUCUUGCACAUUUAGCUGGUGUUGGAUGUAAAUUAAUGUUUUAGUGGCCUUGAGCGACUGGUCUACCACAGAUUAUCAAGCCCUAAAUGUAUCCAUUAUACAUACCUACUGAUGUACUGCUUAUAAUUGUUCUAUUCUAAUAAUGUUUUAGAAUUAUUUAGAACACUGUUACUGCUAUAGCAAAGAUUGAGCUGGCCUUUCCAUUAUAAUUUCCUAUUCUUUUAUUUUUUAUAUUUUGGUGUUUCACAGUGAAUCAGGAUUAAAUUUAAAUGGAUUAAAUCCAACAAAAUUAUAGCUGUUUUCUACAAUAUUCAACCCCCCCUGCAUUUAAUUAUAUGUCUUUAGAAACUUUUUAAUAAGAAGUUCCACACAGCUGUGUGUUAAAGAAUAGUUGAUACCUCAUGGAAAACUCUAAUACAGUCUGCUUAGAAAAAUCUAUUUAUCUAAUUGAUUUUCUUUCUCCUUUACCAGUCUUUUUCUUCCUUUAUCCUUAUAUAAAAAUGGGCCCCAUUUUUAUAACUCGGAUUGUGAUUAGGAAGCCAAUAGCCCAAACUUGUCAGCAUUUUCAAAUCCAGGGUUUAAUUUUAUCCUUUCUAAUGAGAAGAGAUGCUACAAAAUGUGGAUCCAGUGUGAAUGUGGAGCUCACUGAGGCCCUGCAUGCCAUUUUGCAGAGAUUUGGUGAGACCUGUGUCUCUAAUCAGCCUUUGUAUGACUCAGGCUCCAUUGCAGUUGUUAAUUGAUGUGACUUACUUACUAAAUCAUACAGGAAGACGUAUGAAUAGUCAUGAUUUUAUACCAGCAUAACAAUAUACCUGCUGCAAAAAUACUUAUUGUAGUUUUAUAAGAUUUUCCACUGCAAAAAUCUCAGUCUAAUACUUUGUAGCUGGUAGAAUUAUUCAUGUAUCCACUGCUAAUAGAUGUUAAAAUGAUAGUAGAUAUUAAUUGUGACUAGGGCAGAACAAUGUAAAAACAUUUUUCCGAAAUGAAAUGUCACUUCUGCUAUCACUGGGAGUAUUUGGACAUUGAUUUUGAUGAAAAAAACUUCAUGUGUCCUCAGGUACAUCCAAAUUUGUGACCUUUGAUGAUCUUUUCAGUGAAUAUAGCAAGAAUUCCAAUACUAUGUUGGAAACUGAAGAUGAAUUUUGUGUAGCUUUUGGGCUGUUGUGGAUAUUUCACUGAGCUUUAGAGUGUCAAAGGAAAUAUCUUCACUGAUGCAGAAGAGUGCUUUUACAGCAAAGAUCCUGUACCAUACAAUUAAGUCCUUAGUAGUAAAGAAUAAAAGAUGAAAAUUAUAUAUAUAUUCAUGUGAAAAAUCCUCCAUAGAGCUAAUUUUCCCAUAAAAUGUCAGUAAGUAUCAUUAUUUGGAUAGAAUAAAGUGAAGCCAAUAUUUGCAGUUGGGGGUGCCUUUGUCUAGAUACCUGCAUAAUAAGGUUUUGGUUUUCCGCAUGAUCAUAGCUGAUACUGACGUAAAUGAAAACAAACUUUGAGUCAAAUGUGCAACUUUCUUUUUGAGGGAAAGGGAUGUGGCUUUGAAAACUGUUUGUGUAUAUAAUCAACUUACCACCACUCCUAUUAUGAGUACUCACCAUAUCAGGCUGCCUGUCCUAGUCAGAAUCAGCAUGAAGAAGUAAAAGGACCUGAGCAGCCUGAACAGAAGCUGUUUACCCAGUUUUGAAUGGGCAGUCCAAAAACUGCUGGCUGCAUCACCCACUGCUGCCGCUAUCGCACCCAGGUCAGGAGGGCAGCUGGGAGCCACUGAAGUGCAGGGAGGCUCCAUCCAAGUUUCUGUCAGCUAGAUAGUAGGAUCAGAAGGUCCCUUUGCCGGUUAUGGGUUAUGGGUGAUCUUCAGAGAUUAGUGUCGUCUUCUGCUAGCAGGAAAUGAAGGUACAGCUAGUGAGCCUGCAUUGCCUAGAAAUACCUACAUCCCAGAGCUCUGGUCACUCCAACUCCAACAAAAGUUGACCAAAAUAUUUGAAAUGUGCCAUGAGUUUCUCGGACAGUUUCCUAACAAACGGUUUAGAAUGAUGUCACUACAGAUUUGUGGUAAUAAUAGUAGUAACAGUAGUUACUGUGCUAAUAUCAUCAAAAAAUUCAGAUGCCUGUGCAAAUCUGUAUGCACUAGUGACAGUUCCUCUUUGCAUAUAAAACUAAAAAACCUGGCCACUGUGUUUCUCAUAUGACUCUGGAGGCUUCUGUGUAUCUUAAAACCAAUACUGAAACCCAGUGAAACCACUCCGACUUGAGCAAAAAUCAUAGAAUCAUAGAAUGGUUAGGGUUGGAAAGGACCUUAAGAUCAUCUAGUUCCAACCCCCCUGUCACAGGCAGGAAGUCCAUGCUGACAUGAGUAAUCUAGUUUUUAAUGAGAGGGAAAGGGAGAAAGGGUGUAAGGAUUUUUCACCAAAGUAAACCUACAUGCCCUAGUUGGAGCAGAGUUUUAAAAUCAGGUGUAUUUUGAAGAAGCUGAUUAAACUUAGUUCCAUCCUGUGCCCAUGCUGACAGUGGAGAGUAGAUUGACCUCAGAGUACCCCUACAUGGUAAUACAAUUGAAGCCAGAUUCUAUAAAAGAUGUAUGGAACUGGUUCCAUUGAGCUAUGUCAAGGAGAAUCACCAACAUGAGCAAGUGUUGUGGGUCAGACCAAAUGUCCUUUCUCAGAAAAAAAUGCAUUUCUGUUUGGCUGAUUUGUAACUAGUGAAUUAAACAUGACACUGCCAAACAGUAUUUCUAAUUACUUUGCUUAUUUUACAUGCACCAUCUCCUAAGGAUGUCAAAGCGAUGUUGGUAGAGAACAUAGAGGUGAGCAGGGUUGUGAGAGCAGAGGGGACUGUGCUACAGCAGGCAGUAGUCAGCAGUCACAAGACAGGAGGCUUUAGCCACAGUGCCCCAACAUUUCCUGGACAGCAUCACUUGCAUUUGCGUGAUCAAGGAUAGCCUCAGCACAGAAGAUGAGGUCAAGAGCCAAGAUGCAAUCUCAGUUCUCUGCCAUGCAUUUUGGUAAUUUAAUAAUUACAGAAAUAUUUAAUAAUAAGAUGUAAUCACCUGCAGCCAAACUGGUGACACUGCAGAUCCUCCGCUGAUGCAUGGUGAGGUAGAUCCAUUGAAGUGACUGAUGUGAAUUGCAGCUGAGGAUCUAACCCAUUGCUUUCAGAACAGCCCCCUGAGGUGACAGCUGGACUAGUGUACACGAUGUUUUACAUAUUUGUAUCUAGGUUUCAGUAGCGCAUACUGAAUGACAAAUGUUUUUUGUUUUCUGUUUGCUUUUUGUUAGAGUAAUACUUUGUGAUCGGUUCCAAUGUGAUAAAUCUUUACAACAUGUUUGGAGAACUGCAAAAUACUGUACUGUGAAGAGUGUGGUUACUACCCUCUUUUUAUCCUGCAAACAGUAGAUUUCAGCAGAGGUGGACUUCCCUGGACUUAGACGCUCUGUGAAAAAAAGCUAUUCUGACAGUUUCUAAUGGAAACAUCAUUGUAAUUAAUGUAUAAAACUACCCUGUACAAAGACAGCUUUAUUAUAUGUGUAAAUGUAAUUUUGCUAUGUUGUUUUUAUGUUUGAGGGACAAUAGGCUUUGGUGUGGGUGAGACGUAUAGCCUUAUAAAAACAGAGAUGUAGCUCCCUGUCUGAUGUUUUACUGAAAGGUGUUCAGUUGCUCUAUUUUUGCAGAAGAUAAACAUAUACUAGUUCCCUGAAAACUAAUGAUCUAUUCCACUACGCACACAUCAAUGGCAUAAAUGGAUCAUACUAUUGAAAAUAAAGGCUCAAUAAUAAAUUGCGUUAUUUUUC